AUGUCCAAAUUCGUUUCGUUUACUCGUUCUAUAUCGCCUGUGUUCUCGCGUGUUUUACCACGCAGACCAAUUAAAUUUGCCAAUAACUAUCUUCCUCCUUUAGUUACAAAUUCCGUCAUUAAAAGAUUUGCGUCUGGAAAUACAAAAGAAGAAGAUGUAAUCAAUAGAAUCCAACAAAAACGAAGUAAUGCGCAAUUGGGUGGUGGUCUACACAGGAUAGAAGCUCAGCACAAAAAAGGAAAAUUGACUGCACGAGAACGGAUUGAUCUAUUGUUAGAUCCAGGUUCCUUUAAUGAAUAUGAUACCUUUGUAGAACAUCAAUGCCAUGAUUUUGGCAUGGAACAAAAUAAGGCAAGAGAUGGUGUGGUCACCGGACAUGGAACAAUUAAUGGCCGGCAGGUGUUUGUGUUUUCUCAAGAUUUCACAACUUUUGGUGGUAGCUUAUCAAAAAUGCAUGCAGCCAAAAUCUGUAAAGUUAUGGAUAAAGCUGUCUUGGUUGGUGCGCCGGUUAUCGGCUUGAAUGAUUCUGGCGGUGCUCGUAUUCAGGAAGGUGUCGAUUCCUUAGCCGGUUAUGCUGAAAUUUUCCAAAGAAAUGUACUAUCGUCGGGAGUAGUACCUCAAAUUUCGCUAAUAAUGGGUCCAUGUGCCGGCGGCGCUGUUUACUCUCCUGCUCUUACAGAUUUUACCUUCAUGAUUCGUGAUACCUCAUAUUUAUUUGUCACAGGACCUGAAGUUGUAAAGACUGUGUGUAAUGAAGAAGUUACACAAGAAGAACUGGGUGGUACAAAAACACACACAGUCUUAUCUGGCGUUGCACACAAUGCUUUUGAGAAUGAUAUCGAGGCACUUCAACGUGUACGUGAUUUUGUCGAUUUUUUGCCGCUGUCUAACCGAGAGGAAGCUCCUGUCCGCUAUACGGAUGAUUCUCCUCAUCGGGAAGAUCUUUCCUUGAACCAUAUUGUACCCGUUGAUUCAGCAAAAGCAUAUGAUAUCCGUGAUGUUAUAUCUCGACUCAUCGAUGAUGGCAUCUUUUUUGAGAUUAUGCCAGAUUUCGCGAAAAACAUUGUGAUUGGAUUUGCAAGAAUGGACGGUCAAACUGUUUCUAUUGUUGGGAAUCAACCUUUAGUGUCUUCUGGUGUUUUAGAUAUCAAUUCUUCGAUCAAAGCAGCUCGGUGGGUCAGAUUUUGUGACGCGUUUAACAUCCCUAUUAUAUCACUUGUUGAUGUACCAGGUUUUCUUCCUGGAACAGCACAAGAACACAAUGGUAUCAUACGACAUGGAGCAAAACUCUUAUAUGCUUAUGCUGAAGCCACCGUCCCAAAAGUCACCAUUAUUACAAGAAAAGCAUACGGUGGUGCUUACGACGUAAUGUCUAGCAAGCAUCUUCGUGGUGAUAUAAAUUACGCAUGGCCAACUAGUGAAAUUGCUGUGAUGGGAGCAAAGGGCGCUGUUGAAAUUAUAUUUCGUCACGUGAAAGAUCGUAGCCAAGCAGAACAGGAGUAUAUUG